AUGAACAUGCUUAAAUGGGCGUACUUAUUUAUAGUUACUUGGGUAACUGGUACUUGGGUAGCGCCGGAAAUGUGCGUUAAAGAAGAACCUCAAGAAAACUCCAAGCAAGACGAAUCUAAUUUUGCCUCAUGUUCAGAUACAUCCGGACAACCUCCACUAUUAUCCUCGUUCCCACAUCUUCAACAAUCUUUAUUGUCAUGUACUUACUGCACAUACUCAACCAAAAAACAAGUGAAUCUCGACAACCAUAUCACAUCUUUCCACACAAAAAACUAUCGUUUCAACUGCGAAGUAUGCGGCAUGGGUUUCGUUUCACAUCACCGACUCAACUACCAUCGAAGAAUAGAACACGAAGAUCUCCGUUUUCCAUGCAAGCACUGUGGAAAAGUAUUUAAGUACCAAGAAUCUCUGUCUUACCACAUAAAAACGCACAAACCCAACUACACCAAGAAGAGAAAAAUCAGAGACAUAUCCAACCGAGAACCCUGCGUUUGCCAGCUCUGUAAUAAAAUUUUAGGCUCGAAAAUUAUCCUCCAGAACCACAUGCGUUUGCACACAAAUCCUCAGUCUUUCGUGUGUGACAUCUGUGGCAAGGUUUUAGCCACGAACGUUAGCUUGGUUAACCACAGGAAGAUACACACGGGCGAAAAAGAAAAAUUCCAUUGUGAUGUCUGUGGCAAGUCUGUGACUACUAAGCAGAAAUUGAUAGACCACAAAAUGACGCAUACUGGCGAAAAGCCGUUUGUUUGUGAGUUUUGUGGUAGUGGUUUUAUACGACGGGCUACGUUAGAGGAACAUUCUCGGGUUCACACGAAGGAAAGACCCUUUAAAUGUAAACUGUGUGAAAAAGGGUUUGCGCAAAGAUCUACAUUAACGACACACAUGUUUUCUCAUACUGGUCGCAGACCACAUAAUUGUGACAAGUGUGGAAAAGGGUUCAUUCGGAGGUUUCAGUUAAAUACUCAUAAAUGUGUGACGUCGACGUGA